CUUAUCGACAACGCUGGAAUUCUAAUAGACGAGCAACUAACAAGCGGACGUACAGAGUUGUGGACACGUAUGCUGGACGUGAAUGUCCUGGGUCUCAGCGUCUGCACCAGGGAGGCCGUGCAGGACAUGAUCAGCAGGGGUGUCGAGGACGGCUUCGUCAUCCACAUCAACAGUCUUUGGGGACACACACCGCCAGCUAACAGUGAUACCGCGAUGUACGCCGCUACCAAGCAUGCAGUUCGGGUUCUCCUGGAAGGCCUCAGGAAGGACCUCGUCGCCAGGAAGAGCAACAUCCGCGUUGGGGAAAUAUCCCCAGGAAUGGUGAAGACAGAAAUCCUCACUAAUACCACCAACUGGACGGAAGACUUGUAUAACCAGCUGAAUUAUAUGGAAGCAGAAGACGUUGCAGAAGCUGCGAUCUACAUGCUGUCCCAGCACCCACGCGUGCAGGUUUAUAACAUCAUCCUACGUCCGACGGGGAAUCCGUACUAGAAAAAGGCUUAAUAGAACGACUUGCGUAUGUCGUCUCCUUCAGACAAAGCCACUGAAACAACGGUCGUAUGUAACUGGCUUCAGCUAAGACUCUUCGCAAGUGACAUUUACAGGCUUCAAG